CAGGCGUUCCGGGUCGCAGGCAGGUCCGCGCGGGGUCCGGGGCCACGCACGCGUCUCUAUCGCCAUCCCCAGCCGGGCCAGGCGCGCAGGCAGGAGAGUGGAUCGGGGCGGCGGGAGAGGUGAGCCUGCGGACUGAUCGGGGUGCCAUCCUGGGCCGGGGGAAGGGCCCGGCGGCACCGGGCGCGGAGCCUUUGCAAAACUUUCGGGAGCGGCCCGGGGACGCGCGGCCAGUACCGGCGCACGCGUGCCCCGUAGCGUGGCUGUUCUCCACGCCGUCUCGGGCUCUGCCCCCGCCCCGCCGGCCCUCGGCAGUCGUCCCCCGCAGCCCGGGCGCCGGCAGGGGCGAGAGGAACAUACCCAGAGCCCCGCGGGGGUCGCGCCGGCCGGGUGGGGGAGGGCCUGGCGAGCCACAGGGGAGGAUGUCAGGCUCCGCGCCUGCGCGCGGGCUGCCCCGGGAUUCAAUUGUCGCGCCCGAGCCCGAUUUCGCGCGCCCUUAGUUCCCCGGGCGCGCCUGGGCCAAUGGGGAGCGGGCGGGGCGGGGCAGCCGGGCGCGGCGGAGCCAAUGAGCGAGUCGGCUCAAGUGAAGGGGGCGGGACUUGGCGCGCGGGGCCCCUCGGCCCGUCCCGGCGGUGGGGGUGGGCGUGGGCUAGUUGGCGUGGCCUGAGCGAGCGGGCGGGAGAAUAAGAGGGACUCUGGGCUCGUGGGUCGGGGUCCCGGGAACGCGAGCCUGCGCGUGAGGGCGCCGCCGGGCCGAGCACCAGCAGAUACCAUGUGGAUCCAGGUUCGCACCAUGGACGGGAAGGUGGCCCACACUGUGGACUCACUGUCCAGGCUGACCAAGGUGGAGGAGCUGAGGAGGAAGAUCCAGGAGCUGUUCCACGUGGAGCCAGGCCUGCAGAGGCUUUUCUACAGGGGCAAGCAGAUGGAGGACGGCCACACUCUCUUUGACUAUGACGUUCGCCUGAAUGACACCAUCCAGCUCCUGGUCCGCCAGAGCCUUGUGCUCCCUGCCAGCAACAUCAAGGAGAGGGACUCGGAACUGUCGGACACGGACUCAGGCUGCUGCCUGGGCCAGAGUGAGUCUGACAAGUCCUCGAACAGCGGUGAGGCGGCCUCGGAGGCAGAUGGGAAGGCGAGCUUGGCAGAUGAAGACACAUGGGACGAGACAGAGCUGGGUCUGUACAAGGCCAACGAGUAUGUCGAUGCUCGGGACACGAACAUGGGAGCGUGGUUCGAGGCCCAGGUUGUCAGGGUGACGAGGAAGGCCCCGUCUCAGGACGAGCCCUGCAGCUCCACCUCUAGCUUGACGGCGGAAGAAGACGUCAUUUAUCAUGUGAAAUACGACGACUACCCAGAGAAUGGAGUGGUCCAGAUGAGUUCCCGUGACGUCCGGGCUCGUGCCCGAAACAUUCUCAAGUGGCACGAGCUAGAGGUGGGCCAGGAGGUUAUGCUCAACUAUAACCCCGACAAUCCCAAGGAGCGUGGCUUCUGGUACGAUGCAGAGAUCCUGCGGAAGCGUGAGACCCGGACAGUGCGGGAGCUGUACGCCAACGUCCGGCUUGGGGGUGGUUCUCUCAAUGACUGUCGCAUCAUCUUCGUGGACGAGGUGUUCAAGAUUGAGCGCCCGGGCGAGGGGAGCCCCGUCGUUGAAAACCCGAUGAGAAGGAAGAGCGGGCCUUCGUGCAAGCAUUGCAAGGACGAUGAGAGCAAGACCUGCCGGGUGUGCGCCUGUCACCUGUGUGGGGGCAAGCAGGACCCCGACAAGCAGCUCAUGUGUGACGAGUGUGACAUGGCCUUCCACAUCUACUGCCUGCGCCCGCCCCUCAGCAGCGUCCCCAAGGAGGACGAGUGGUAUUGCCCCGAGUGUCGGAAUGACGCCAGUGAGGUGGUGCUGGCAGGGGAGAAGCUGAAGGAGAGUAAGAAGAAGGCGAAGAUGGCAUCAGCCACGUCCUCCUCACAGCGGGACUGGGGCAAGGGCAUGGCGUGCGUGGGGCGUACCAAGGAGUGCACCAUCGUCCCGUCCAACCACUACGGACCCAUCCCGGGGAUUCCUGUGGGCACCAUGUGGAGGUUCAGAGUCCAGGUCAGUGAGUCGGGGGUCCAUCGACCUCACGUGGCGGGCAUCCACGGCCGGAGCAACGAUGGGGCUUACUCUCUGGUCCUGGCUGGGGGAUAUGAGGAUGAUGUGGACCACGGGAACUCUUUCACGUACACGGGCAGUGGUGGUCGAGAUCUGUCUGGCAACAAGCGGACUGCGGAACAGUCUUGUGACCAGAAGCUCACCAACACCAACAGGGCGCUGGCUCUGAACUGCAGUGCCCCCAUCAACGACCGCAAGGGGGCUGAGGCCAAGGACUGGCGGUCCGGGAAGCCGGUGCGGGUGGUGCGGAACGUGAAGGGUCGCAAGCACAGCAAGUACGCGCCCGCCGAGGGCAACCGGUACGACGGCAUCUACAAGGUCGUGAGGUACUGGCCAGAGAAGGGCAAGUCCGGCUUCCUGGUGUGGCGCUACCUCCUGCGGAGGGACGACACUGAACCUGGCCCCUGGACGAAGGAAGGGAAGGACCGGAUCAAGAAGCUGGGGCUGACCAUGCAGUACCCAGAAGGCUACCUGGAGGCCCGGGCCAGGAAGGAAAAGGAGAAGGAGAACAGCAAGAGAGAGGCCGAGGAGCAGGAGGAGGAGAUGGAAGAGGAGGGGGCCUUCACGUCCCCCAGGAAGGGCAAGCGCAAGAGCAAGUCCGCAGGUGGCAGGGCCGGUGUUGGGUCCCCGGGAGGGACACCUAAGAAGAGCAAGGUAGAGCCCUACAGCCUCACGGCCCAGCAGAGCAGCCUCAUCAAGGAGGAUCAGAGCAACACUAAGCUGUGGAGUGAGAUCCUGAAGUCGCUCAAAGACGGGCCGUUCCAGAAGUUCCUGAGUAAGGUGGAGGAGGCGUUCCAGUGCAUCUGCUGCCAGGAGCUGGUGUUUCGUCCCAUCACGACUGUGUGCCAGCAUAACGUGUGCAAGGACUGCCUGGACAGAUCCUUCAGGGCCCAGGUGUUCAGCUGCCCAGCCUGCCGCUACGACCUGGGCCGGAGCUAUGCCAUGCAGGUGAACCAGCCGCUGCAGGCCAUCCUCAACCAGCUCUUCCCCGGCUACGGCAGCGGGCGGUGAUCCUCAAGCACUUCUCGCCGGCAGUUUUUAAAAAACAUGUCACAGGGGUCUCUGCCCCCUUUUGUUUUUAGUGGGUUUAACUUAAACAUGUAGUUUUUCCUGCACUCCCUAAACAGCCUUGUCUUCCUGGUUUUGUUUUGUUUUUUUUUAACCUAUAAAUUUUCAGGAGUUUGUAUUAUGCUCAAAGAAAGUUGGACUUCUCUGUGUUUUUAUUUUGGUUUUAAAAAAAAUACCAAGCCUGCAGUUUAUCAGCAAAAGACAAAUUUUUUCUGAAGAUGGAAUUAAAAACGCCUUGGCGCAAAGGCUGCUUGUGUUCCCAGCGCCAAGUUCCCAGAAGUUCCCGCCGCUGCCGAGCAACAAGGCGCCCGGCUGCCUGGAACCGUCUCUUCAAGGUGUGUGGCUUGGGCCCCCGAAGUUGAAAGCGAGCGCAUCUCCCUGAUGGCGUUUUGCCGCCUAAAAGCCAGCAAGGUGGUGCCUGGUGGUGGCCCGGGUGGGCCUGGCCCUGCUGUCGCCCACUGGGAAGGUGGCAAGAAGAGAAGUCCCGGCCGGCCGGUUUAAACACCUGUCCCGAAGCCAUGCCCCCCAGUCCGCUUUCGUGUUGCAGUUCUGCACGCAGAGCCCUCUGCCUGGGUGCGUGGGGGGCUGCCGCCGCCACCGGACUAAUCUGCGCGUGGCUGGGCGUGUGGCCAAGGGCCGGCCCACCUGCAGCACCAUGGAAGCACACGUUCGAAGCCAUGUUCAAGUGCCUUGGGGUCUUUCUUUUGUUGUAAACACGAGGCUCUCUUUUAGCACUGAAUUGUUGAAAACGCUAGCCAGAUUUUAAAACUGGGGCUAGCCAGUUCUUCCUGAUACUGGGUGAGUGUUUGGGGGUGAUUUCAUUUCUGUGGAUCCUUUCAAUUGAAUUGUCAGCUCACUAACUGAGAAUUUUAAGAGGAAUUUUUUUUUUUAAGUACUUUUUUGAAUGAAAUUUUUUUGUAGUUAUUGUAUAUGUACCAAGAAAGCUAUAACUUAGGGUUUGGUUGUGUUUUUGUUUUUUGUUUUUUUGUUUUCUCUUUUUUUGGUUUUGUAUUUUUUUGGAAUGAUUUGUUGAUUUUUUUUUUCCCUAACUUUACCAAAGUUUGCAGCUUUUACCUCAAUAGAACAGGAAUAUUUUAAAUCCCAUAACUGCAGACAAACUGGAGCGAUACUGUUUUAAAAGUUUUUCUUUUCUCCUUACUAGGUUUGUUAAUGUAUUAGGAAGAAACAACAAAAUCCUGUGUAGGCUUUUUCUAAAAAGUUCAGUAUUCUUUGUCCAGAUUUUAGAUUCUCAGAAUAAAUGCCUUUUACAGAUGA